AUGGCAUGCCAGGUGCAAGCAAGAUCGCGGUACCGUGAUGCAGACCCCAUCUUCGGCCAGGUCAUUCCUGAGGUUAUUGAGGAUAAGCUGAUCUGUCUGGCCACAGAAAACGAACAGUACCUGAGCAAGCUUCCGGAUCAGGCCGGAUGCUUCAAAGAGACACAGAUAGUGGAAUUUAUAUUCCUUUUGUGUGAAAAAUGGCACUUGGACCAGUUGGCAAGGUAUCAAGCGGUGGAGUUAUUUGAAAGGUUUAUGAUCAAGCAAGUAGAACAAAUCUCCAGAGAGAAUGUUCAGAGUUGUGAACAAGGACAAGGGAGCAGCUGGAGCUCCCUGAAAGAUCAGACAGACGACACAUUUGUCCUGCGUCUUGUCUCGUGCGUUCAGCUUGCAAGCAAACUCUCCUUACACUAUAACAUAGUUAACAAUGACACAGCUGUAAAAUUUCUGCAAUCCUUAAAAUACUCAUACACCAAGCAGGAUUUGCUCGACUCAGAGCUUGCUGUUUUAAAAACUCUGCACUUCCAGAUCAGUGUGUCAACUCCUUUGGCUUACGUGGAAUUGCUUCUAGAGGUUUUAGGACAUAACGGCUGCUUGCUUCCGGCAAAACCAUUGUAUCAGAUGUGUGUGCAACUACUAGACUUCUCCUACCUUACAAGAGAUAGCAUCUAUGACACUUUGUUGAAGAUUGCCAUUGAAAAUUCAACACCAAGUGAACUGCAGGUAGCAAAGUUUCUGACAGUAAAGGAAGAUUUCAUGCUGCUGGCUGUUGGAAUCAUCAGCACAAGCGUGUUCAUACGAAACCCAGAGCACUGGAAGCAGGUUGUGGAGCAUUUAACCAGUAUCACUGGCAUUACUUCACAAAGCAUCUUAGAAUUUUCUUAUGCAGUACUGAAACAUGUCAUUGGCAGUACCACUCCCAAGCAACACUACAGAGGCUUUGGAACAAAAGCUCCACAGAACGGAAUUUUGUCUUUCAAAUAGAGCUAUCUUCUACGGCCAGUCGCUACCCUAUCAGCAGCAAACUGCUACGCUGCCACUAACCGACCACUUCAUGUGAUACUGCAGUUUGGUUCAUACUUUUGAACACCAGGUGCUCCCUAACAUUUCAUAUAUUAUGUGUGAAUUAGAAAAACUCGACCUUUCAGGCAGUGUGCAGAAGCAAAGCAGCAUUUCUCUUUCAGCACCGAAAACUUUAUUGUAAGAGUUAUAGCUUCUAAUUUAUAAGUUUCCUUUAGAGAAAACUCUUAAGAGUGGUAUUUUGAAAAGGCAUUAACGUGCACAGUACUCUGCUUGGUAACCUGCAUUGCUAGGAGCAGCUUGCA